UUCUUCGAUCAUUUUGGCGGCUCGCAUUUCGCUCCGCGUAAUCUUCUUCAUUGACCCCCUCUAAGUCCGCGUGCUCCCGUGUUCAUACAGUCAUUUAAACCAUUCUUGAAGUUAUCGGUUUUCUUAUCUCCGUCUGCUUGAGCACUCUACAUCACAGUCAAAAUCUGCUUCGCCGGGGUUUAUGUCAGCUCAUUCGUUGAGCAAUGCAAAUUCGAUGUUUCAUGGUUUGCUUGCAAUGACGUUUCAUUGACAGCUCAAUCCUUGAUGAACUUUUCGGCCUCUGUGUUGUUCAUAUAUGGAUGACAAAAGCAUGCCUUCUGCAAUUAAACCUCACGGGACACGUUUUCUUCCGUUUGGUAGAGAAGAAUCUCUCUCCACUCUCACCUUUGGUGAUGUUCAUAGGCAGAUGGGGAAUCUUGGCAAACCUUUUAACGGCAUGACCUUAAACGAAUUACCUAGAGUUACACCAGCAGAGGAAGGCCUUCAGCUGCAGAAUCCAAAUUCGGCCCCUUCUGUCUUCCUCGGAAACUUCAACCUGAAUGAGACGCUGAAUAAGAAACCAGAGGAAGAUGUUUGGGGUGAGAUUGUGGAUACUGAGCAAGUCGGUUCUGUAAAUAACCAGACCCUUAAUCAAGAGAUAACUCUUGGAGAAACCACGCUCGAGAAUUUUCUCGUCGGUGCCGGUGUCAUCAACUUGGAUGUUCAAGAAAAUCCCAUCAGUCAGGAACCUGUUCAGGUAAUUGAUCCCAUGAUGGUGGUUUCGCAGCCGAUGGACUGGGUGCAACUUCACAUGGCUUCAGUCCAACAGCAGCAGCCAUUGGUAGUGCUUAAUUCGAAUUUCAAUGUUUCGAGUUCUACGUAUGAAAACCAAGGUUUUGAAACGGGUUACGCAGAGAGCCAAACAUCUCUGCCCAUUACAGCGCCAGCCAUAUCUGCGACAUCACCUGAUUCUCAGGGAUCUAGUGAAAAGAAGUGUAGAUACCCAGAUGAGGUCAUGGAUAAGACCGUGGAGAGGAGGCAAAAGAGGAUGAUCAAGAAUCGCGAGUCAGCCGCCAGAUCAAGGGCAAGGAAACAGGCCUACACCAACCAUUUGGAACAUCAAGUUCUUCGCUUGAGGAAAACAAAUAACUGGCUCAGGAAGCAGAAGGAACUGGAGUUGCUCUUUUGCUCGGGUUCAAGCUCCAUGCCCAAGUACCAACUGCGGCGCACCAGCUCAUCUCUCUUCUAGUAUAUACA